UUUUUUGGUUUCCUCGAUCAAACCGGGAAUUUUAAGCUUUUUCAACUUUCAUGUUGUCAUUUUUACAUUACUGUACUCGUUUAUAUAUGAGCCAUUAAAAGAAAUGGCUUAAACUUCUUUAUGUACAUAAAACUAAAUUGCCCUUCAUAUUUACUUGUUAAUAGUCUACUAUUAUUCUUUCCAUUCUGUUUUGACAUAUAUCAUAACCUAAGUAAAGUCAAAAACAAGUGUAAAUAGGAAAUCUAAUUUUAAUAUUAUAUAAUUCUAUUUGUAUAAUGCAGUUGUUAAUUCAGGCAUCCCCCUUAAUAAAUAAAAUAAAGUAUUGGCGUCAAGCAUUUAGUUUCAAUGAUGUACAACUCACUACAUCUCAAAAGGUUGUGUUAUGGAGCAUAGGUGUUGUUGGAACAAGUGCCAUAGUGGUUGGUGUAUUAUCCAGAUAUUUAGCUAGGCGAAGAGCAAAACCAAUCCUGAACCCCAGAAUUCAACGAGCUAUAAAUAAAAGAUUAUCCCGCAUGAGAAGCCCUAAUGGAGGCAUGGGUUCGGUGGCUAGUAGUGGUGGUCGAAGCAGCCCCUUGGGGUUUAGUGAGAGAUUGUCAUUGGCAUCUGGUUCAAUUGGAUCUGGAGGUGGUGAUGCAGCACCACUCUCACCUCAACAAUUAGGUGUAAUGGCGCCAUCUCUUGUCGAGCGGCAAUACCAAGAUGUUAUGAUAAAAGACAUGUUAAGAUCUAGUAUUUAUUACUUCUAA